GAUCGUCAGAUCGUCAAAUCCUAAAGCUUCAUCCCAGUAUGAAGCCCCCAAAUUUAGCAGCAUUUUUCAAUGCUAGUUCACCCAUGCCUUGAACUAGAAGGAUUCGGUAGUCCUUGUCUAGUUUCAAGCCGUCUUACUCAUACACUUGUUUAGAUCCUACCCUCGUUCCGGUACUCCUCUUGGAGGCCAAGACUGUAUUUCCAUCCCUUAGCUCCCGCAAGAUUUAACGAAUCGGAAUUGCUACCAUGUCGUCGCCAAGGCAUCUCCUCAGCACAAGAACUCGACACCCUUGACCUUUCGAGCGGCACAUCUCACAAUAUCUUAACUCGAUUACGCCCGGUUGCGUAAAAUUAGCCUUGGCACAACAUUCUUCAACGAAAAAAAACUUCUCUCAAGAUGCGUACUCUCAUGCUUCACGGUCACAGCACCAGCUCCUUUAUCUUUAAGGCGCAGUCAGGUCCUUUCCGAGCAAAGCUGGGCAACUCGUUUCAGUGGGAGUUCAUUGAUGGGCCCUACAGCUGCCCGCCACCCCGCGGCCUGAAAAUGGUCAUGUGGAAGGCGUACAAGUGGAUGGAGAAGCCUGGCGUCGAGUCUAUCAAGAAAUCCGUUCAGUGGCUGCAGAACUACAUCGAUAAGCACGGUCCUUUCGACUGCGUCUGCUGUUUCUCGAAAUCCUCUUCCGUAGUGGUAGCUCUCUUACUCUAUCAUGCUCGCGAAGUUGCCAACGGCUCCCAGAAGCCGCUCCCAUUCAAGUCGGCCGUUUUCAUCAACGGAAACCUUGAGUGCUCUGUCCUAGAAGACCUCGGAUUGCCCGUAACACAGGAGGCGAAGGAAAUCGAAAGGAAGGUGGAAGAUAUGGUCAAGUCCAAGGUCGACGCGAUGUCGAACCUUGCCAGCAGCCUCGUUAAGCCGCAAGGGCUCUGGGACGACACGAGCCAACUUCUGCACGACCCCGAUGAGCUACCGGAGCCGUCUGACUGCUUCGGUCUCGACUUUACGUCGUUCCCUCCCGAUGCUUUCAUCAGCAUCCCAACCGUCCACAUGUACGGUGGAAAGGACCCCAUUUUCACUUCCAGCAUCCAGCUGGCUUACCUCUGCGACCCUCAGAAGAGGGUAAUGUACGACCACCAAGGUGGACAUGACGUACCGAGGACCCCUGACGUGGUUGCUGAUAUGACUUCCGCCUUCAGGAAACUGGACCAACAACUGAAGGCGCCGGCGGCUUGAGAUUGCAGAUUUGAAUAAAGCACGUUUUUUUCCAACGGUAUGGGCAUGCUAGGAGCAAUAGAAUACGGAUAGAUCAUUUGUUAGAUA